CAAAAAAAAUAAAAAAAAACAGGAAUAAAAAAAUCUAGGGUUUAUAAAGAAGCCCUUGAUUUUCAGGAGAAAUCAAAUCAAUGCCAACAUAUUAUCCUCCAGAAGCUACUAAAGCAUCCACUCCACAAUGCACCUAGAUUUUCAUCUUCUCUUUUGAAUACACAAUCUUAAUCCAACUCCCAAAAAUUUAUCUAAACAAAGAUCUCUCUUUUUUCGGACCACACUGCAAAAACCACUCUCCUCUUCAUUUUCCAUGGCCAAGACUCGACCUGGAAAACGAGACAUGAAUUCUUACACCAUUAGAGGCACCAAUAAAGUUGUCAGAGCUGGGGACUGUGUGUUGAUGCGGCCAUCAGAAGGCGAUACUGCUCCGUAUGUAGCACGUGUAGAGAAAAUUGAAGCUGAUAACCGGAACAAUUUAAAGGUGCAUGUUAGAUGGUAUUACCGGCCAGAGGAGUCAAUGGGAGGGCGGAGACAGUUUCAUGGAUCGAAGGAGUUAUUCUUGUCAGACCACUACGAUGUUCAAAGUGCGCACACAAUAGAAGGGAAGUGCAUUGUUCACUCUUUCAAGAACUAUACUAAGCUUGAGAAUGUUGGUCCGGAGGAUUAUUACUGUCGGUUUGAGUAUAAAGCGGCAACUGGAGCUUUUGUGCCAGAUCGUGUUGCAGUGUAUUGCAAAUGUGAGAUGCCAUAUAACCCAGAUGAUUUAAUGGUACAAUGCGAGGCGUGCAAGGACUGGUAUCAUCCAGCCUGUGUGGGCUUGACUGGUGAACAAGCUAAGCAAAUAGGUGACUUUGUUUGUACUGAUUGCUCAUCUGAAGAUGUGAAAAAGUCUCUUAGUACUUAUGCUGCAUUCCCUCUGUCUAAUGGCAAGGUUGCGCCGAAGCGCCAGAAGAGGUAGGCGGAGCUGUAGUAAGAUGGAUGAAGCUAGUUUUUAUCAUGUUUAGGAUGUUAUCAGGAUUUUGUACAGUGCUAUGAACUGGAAUUAGUGCCGGUUCUUUGCAUAGAUUAGCUGCUCUGUUAUGUCCUUUAUCAGUAGUUCUUGUAUGUACUAGUAUUAGCAGAUGACAGUCUUUUGGAAUUUGGAACUCAAACUAACUAGUCUUUUGGAAUUAGAAUCGCAUCUUUAGUGUAAAA